AAUUGGGCUUCUUUUUCAUAUAGAAAUAGAAGGCUGCUGCAAGAAUAUGUUUAACAUGGUGAGCAUCACUGAUGCAGACAUGCUUGUCAGCUGGUGAGAGAAUGAAUGUUGACCACUGCAAUGGACGUCCAUACAUGUCAGGCAGUGAAGGAGAGCCACUAAGGGAGCAUGGUGAUUCGCAUGGACAUUUGAGAGUUCCAACAGCUAGCACUCCAGACAGACAGCAGUCCUCUCCAAACCAACCGCUCAGUGUCAACUCCAUAAAGGUAGAACUCCACAGUGACGAUGAGCUUGGUGGUGCUCCACAACCAGAAAGAAGAAAGGGAGAGAAGGAUGAUGGAUGGAGGGAUAACAUGAUAGAAAAGGGAAGUGGAGGACAGCAGGGGUUUCUGGGAAGACCGGGAAGUUGUUAUGGGGAGCGGGCUGGUCCUCAGACAGAGUCCCCUGGUCCUAUCCGACUGCCCAAUGGGAAGCUUAAAUGUGAAGUGUGUGGAAUGAUCUGCAUCGGACCCAAUGUACUGAUGGUGCACAAGCGCAGUCACACAGGUGAACGUCCGUUCCAGUGCACAGAGUGCGGAGCCUCCUUUACCCAGAAAGGCAACUUGCUGCGCCACAUGAAGCUCCAUUCUGGAGAGAAGCCCUUUAAAUGUGUCUUCUGUGACUACGCCUGCCGCCGCCGGGACGCGCUCACUGGGCACAUCCGCACACACACCGUACCCUCUCCGACUAUGGGUAAACCUUUCAAAUGCAGCUACUGUGGUCGUAGCUACAAGCAGCAGAGCUCCCUGGAAAAGCACCUUGAACAUUGCCAAAGCUACCUACAGAAUCUACAAGACCAUCAGGCAGCAUUCAACACUGACCAGACGGCACAAGUUGAGGAUUCCCCAGUCAUGGAGCCAGACCUUGUCGUCCAGCCAUCCACUGACAAACUGUGCUUCAUAGACAGACUGGCCAACAGCAUCACCAAACGCAAAAGUUCCACACCACAGAAGUUUGUAGGAGACAAACACACAAGCCUCUACGAGCCUGACAGGCCUCAGAAACUGUCCCCUUGUCCUGAAAACAAUCAGGAAGGAGACCUGCACUCUUUGCCCAGCUCUCAUCUGGAGGUAGGGUCUGGUGCAUCAGGGUCAGUGGGGGCGGGUUUGGAGGGCAGGUACCUGCGCAGGUGUGGAGCAGGUGGGGACUUUGGCUCUGAGCCCCCUCAGCUGGCCCCGCCCCAUCCUGUCGGCCUUGCCCAGUCAGACGCCAGCCCAGGAAGCAGCUCCCUUUACUGUCACCUGCUCCCUCUGGGUGCCCCGCUCAAUGGCAGAGCGGUUGUGUCUGUGGGGCUCGCUGGACAGAUAUCCGGCGAAGGAAACGUGGACGUCCCAUCGGGCCUCAGUCCCACUGACCCCAGUGGCCCUUGCAACGGCUGCCAUGACUCCAAAGACAAGUCCGAUACGGAGAGCACCGCCGAGGAGAAGCGGAGCACCGGGUUCAUGCCUCCAACCAGCACCUCCAACAACCAGCACCACCCCCACCUACAGUACCUAGCCCCAGCCCUGCUCCGUAGCCACCCGUACUUCUGUCCCAACCCCAGCCGCUCAAAAGACCCAGAAGACCCCGGCAUGGAGAGGACUUGCCCCAUGCCUAUCGUCACCACCAGACCCGCCGCUGCGAAGGGGUCGAGGAGCCCCACUUCAGGUUUACCGCCCGUCUCCAGGAAGGCGUUCGUACAGGUGCAGGUGGUGGACGGCCGGGGGCGGGCUGUGCGGUCGUUCCGCUGUGAGCACUGUCGCAUGUUCUUCCUGGACCACGUCAUGUUCACCAUCCAUAUGGGCUGCCACGGCUUCCGGCAGCCCUUCCAGUGCAACGUCUGUGGCCACCGCAGCCUGGACCGCUAUCAGUUCAGCUCGCACAUCGUCCGCGGGGAGCACCAGGUGGGCUGAGCGGUGAAGUGGAGAGCUGGUCCCAACCACUCCUUUAAGCCCGUCUGCCGGGGGUCUGCUGGGGGUCUGCCGGGGGUCUGCCGGGGGUCUGCCGGGGGUCUACCAGGGCCAAACAGUUACCAUCGGUGUCGUGGUUCCACAUCGGCGCGUCUGAGGGUGAGAGUCAUGGCAGAGGGAGUGAACUGGGACAGGGCUUGGGAGUGAAUUGGGACAGGCCUUCGGAGUAAAUUGGGAUAGGCCUUCGGAGUGAAUUGGGAUAGGCCUUGGGAGUGAUUUGGGACAGGCCUAGGGAGAGAAUUGGGACAGGGUUAGGGAAUGAUUUGGGACAGGCCUAGGGAGAGAAUUGGGACAGGCCUAGGGAAUGAUUUGGGACAGGCCUAGGGAAUGAUUUGGGUGAUAAAUCUGGGUGGUGUGAGAGGUGGGGGUGUCUGCUGGUUUUAAAUAUGGGCUCAGGUUUGUUCUGUACCACAUUACACAGACACCCAUUACCUUAACUGUCAAUCUUUUUAUAGGGAUAUAUCAGGGAUGUUUAGCACUUGUUUAAAGAGGGGGCAUUUAUAUGGUUGUGAUGUACUGACUUAACUUUUACAUAGCAGGAACCAAGCUCAAGUUUAUAGAGGGCAUAUACGUAGGACACACGAGGCAAACCAUACAAGACAACGAGGAUAUGCAAAGAUUGUUUACAACCUUUUAAUUUAACGACUUCAAAGAGGAUCAUAACCAGUGAAUUUCCCGCUUUAGGUCCAAGCAGAAUGUGACACACGUCAGGGACACAAAGUAGACACAAGUACAGGCUUGAAACGGUAGUGCAGACCUGGCUGCUGACCCGUAAUAGACAGGACUACACGGAGGUCUUCAGGUGGACAAGGCCACAACCUCUCGCAGAGCAUUGCACUGGGCUCUGCUUGCCGACGUGAAGCUAGGUAUCCCUUUUUAUCGGAGAUAUGACCGAUUGCACUAAUUUAUUAAAAUGAAAUGCUUUCAAAAAUGACAACUUUGUAUAAAAAAAAUAUUCUAACCUGACUUAAGAGGUUCUGUGGUUAGAGCUGCCAGCUACAGAACAGGGUAAUGUGUUUGUCUGGCAAUCUCCACUUAAAAUCGGUGCCCGUUGACAAUUGUACGGUUUCCGACGGAAAGGAAGCCCAGCGCUGAUGUUUUUUUCCAUGUUGGUCUUCACUACUGAGUUCAAAUCUGAUUGGCAAAAGACCAAUUAGAGGAAUAAAGCACAACUGAUGCGUUUGUCUAAAUGUAGCUAUAAUCUCCAUCUCAACUGAGGUGAAUCAAAUGUCGAAAAUGAAGGAUUACUUGAUUCUAGUUGCACAAACCAGAGAUUUGUCAGUGGGAGAAGCACCCAAAAAGUGUCCAUGAAAAACAUGUUAGACAUUUAUCACAUUUGUAUUUACCUAUGUAGUGUCUAAUAAAGCCUUGGUAUCUGUGGUUUGCUAUACUCCAAAAAUGUCUCGCCAGAGUUAGCAACCCUGAAGUCCAGAAACUGUUACCUCCUGCAAAGCAACAGAAAACCUCUUGCCUAAAUGUAUUUGAGCUCGAUGUUGCAGUAUCAUUGUUUGAAACCCAAUUCAGUGUUGUGUCAUUUUGUGUCUGUUUGCAUUCUUGUGCACAAAUGGCAAACAAACGUUUAUUUCUUUAUAGAAAAAGAAAUGAAUGCACUUGAUAGUUCAAUGACAUGAGAAAAUGUGCUCACCAGUUAGUCAUUUUUAAUUAUCUUUGUAUCUUUGACACUGUACCAGCUUCAAACUAAGCAGCCAACUUGGAGAAGUUACUGUUAGGCUUUCGUUUAACUUUGAUGUUUUGAAAAA